UGUUUGCAGAUAAAGCGUAAAAUGGGUUACCAUUGUUUCAACCAAAGUUUAUUUCAACUUGGUAUAUAUUACCUUUUGACGUUAAGCAGUUUUAUCAACGUCGUUGAUAAUUCGAUAUUCAAAUAAGUGGUUACUUCGGUCACACAUGGUGAGACGGAGAAUUGUAGAUAAUCUGUGAUCCAUCAUUUGUAGGAAAGCUAUUUAUGUUUAGGACAGGCGAUAAGGUCGAGGAAAGUCUUGUCAUUGUCACAUGACGUCCCGAGUUUGUGAGUAAACACACGAAAGACAUCACAUGAUUAGUCAACUAUCGUAGUGUUUCUUGGGCAUGUGUUGUUUGAAUUCUUAUAACAUUUGAGUGUGCGUGCAGAGAAAGAACAGUUUCAGUAACCAGCUAAUUUCAUCGCACCACGUAGUAUUGGAAUUAUCACUAGAUCGAUUAAAAUGACUGGAAAAUGUGAUUUCCUUCCCUUCUUGCCUUUAAUUUUAAUAUCAGUCUCACUUACAGUUGCCUCUCACAGUUCUCAGACACCACCAAACUUCAGUGAUUCAUAUACUGUUAAAGGAACAUUGUACAUCCCUUAUGCAGAGAUCCAUGAGCCCUUCUAUGCAUGGUAUGAUUUGAAGCUUGGUUCUAGCCGAAUUGAUUAUUAUGGAGGAAUGGUGAAAACAUACCAGCUAAGCAAGUUUGGUGAGUUUGGCUCCAGCUUGAAAGUAGCACCAGUGACAACAGAAAAAGUGCACAAUUUGGAUUCUUGCCUACAAGUCAAUGGAAGCAGUGAGAGUCGAAUAGAACCCCAGAGUAUUCUGCCAGAUCUAACAGGUUUCAAGUUCCUUGGUGAAGAACUGGUAAAUGGCCUAACAUGUGAGAAAUGGCAGUUAUUGGAAACAAAGGGCAUGAAAGUCAACAAAUAUACUAUGUGGAUUCGUUACAAGAAGUCUCCUAAGAUACAAGGAGUGAAAGUAUCUAUCCCUGUCCGAUAUGAGAUGAAAGGUUAUAAUUCUCUCUUAGGCUCACAUUAUGAUCACUACUACUUGGAAUAUGAUUGGUUCUCUUCUGACACACCUAAUCCAAAUGUGUUCAGAGUUUCUGACAACAUGACCUGUACUAGCUUUCCAGGUCCAGGUGACAGACAUAUCUACACUUUUAACCCAAUAAAGGAAUUUAUACACAACUAUGAUGAUCAUGUGGAAACUGCAUUUGAUCAUUUUAAACACAGACAUGACAAAGAUUAUUCUGAUGAAUUGGAAAAUGCCCAAAGAAAGGAGACUUUCCGACAGAAUUUGAGGUUUAUCCAUUCAAAGAAUCGAGCUGGUCAUAGUUUCCAGUUAGGUGUGAACCACUUGGCUGAUCGAACAGACUUGGAAUUGAAGGCCCUUAGAGGAAAGCAAUACUCUAGAGGUUACAAUGGUGGUGCCCCUUUUCCUUACACCCACCUUGAUAGAAUGUUGAAGGAUCUUCCUUCUAACCUGGACUGGAGACUCUAUGGGGCUGUCACUCCAGUUAAAGAUCAGUCUGUGUGUGGCUCAUGUUGGAGUUUCGGGACAACAGGUGCCAUUGAAGGAGCAUACUUCCUGAAGUAUGGUCAUCAGGCACGACUGUCACAACAGGCUUUGAUUGACUGCAGUUGGGGUUAUGGAAACAAUGGAUGUGAUGGUGGUGAAGAUUUCCGCUCUUAUCAAUGGAUGAUGAAACAUGGUGGGAUACCACUUGAAGAUGAAUAUGGUGGCUACUUAGGUCAGGAUGGUUAUUGUCACAUUGAUAAUGUGACGCUAACUGCAAAUAUCACAGGCUAUGUGAAUGUAACAUCGGGAGAUGCUGAUGCUCUGAAGGUGGCAUUGCUCAAGCAUGGUCCUAUUUCUGUAGCUAUUGAUGCUUCUCGCAAGACAUUUUCUUUCUAUUCAAAUGGCAUUUACUAUGAUCCAGAGUGUGGCAAUAAACCAGAUCAGUUAGAUCAUGCUGUGCUACUGGUUGGGUAUGGAACCAUUAAUGGCAGCCCCUACUGGUUGGUGAAGAAUUCAUGGUCAAACUACUGGGGAAAUGAUGGCUACAUCCUCAUGUCACAAAAGGAUAACAACUGUGGUGUUGAAACUGACCCCACAUAUGUCACUAUGUAGAGAAUACAUGGCAUGCUUCUGGGUGAUAUUAUUUGUAAUACUGUAUUUUGUGAUGUUUUGUUAUCCCAUGACACUGAUAUUUUGAUAGGGAUAUUGACAGUUUGUUUAAUUUUUAUGAAUUAUUAGGAGAAAAUCUGAAGCGUCUCAACCUAUGUACUAUUUCUUGCCAGAUGCCUUUCCUUAAAUAUCAUAAGGAAAGUGAAACAGGAUGAUUGACAAGUACCUUUAUUUAAAAAUAUAACUGUAUAACAUACUAAAAGAAAAAUGUUCUUAGGUAUGGAAUGCAAAAACUUUGGGAAUGGAAUCUUUCAUGGCAAUAUAAUUUACUGACAUGUUAAGCUAUGAGCCACAUGUUUGAAUAAAAUUCCAUUGUCUCAGAAGCUUCUCCUUCUUUCAUCUUCAGGACUGACAUAACAUGAAUUGGGUGGCUAAUGACAUGCAGUCUUUAUUGCACCUUAAAUUAAAUAAUUUGUUUUUACAGCUUGUUGCUUGAUUUGGUUAUGUGCUUUUCUUCAUUGCAGUCAUGCUCAGGAUAAGCAGGACGUGUUACUAGUAUUCCAAAUUCUCAAACAAUUGCCACAAUUGAGUAUGUUAAUGAUGACAGUAACAGCAAUGGUACAGUAAAUACCACUGUAACAUGUUAGGAAUUUGUAAUUCAUGGCAAAAGUGUUUGGUCCUUCUACACAUGGCACAUGAAAUAUAGGUCAGAAUUUCACCAGAAAUAUAUAUUAUGAAAUUUGCGAUCACUAACAUCUGCUCUGGCAUUUAAUUCAUUUUACAUUUCUGGGACUUUGAAGUGUAGCAAUAAAAAUGUAACAACUUGUGUUUUUUACUUGUAUACCAUAUAUAAUUUUAUCAGAAUCUCUCAGAAGACUCUUGUAUAAAGUUUUAUCCUAAUCUUUCAGAGUGUUGGGAGAUCCAUGUAAAAAUUCAUACAGGCUUUUGAAUUGAAUCAUACUAUGUCAUACCAGAUGGUUUGAUAAAGUGAUCAGCCAUGUACAGCAAUUUAGAUUCUGUUACAUGCAGACAAAUUAAUGUCUUUCAAAGCACUCCCAAAAGAAGGCCACUUGUAUAAUUUAUUUCAACUUUGAGUAGAAUUUCAUUGUUCAUUUUUUCUAGGGUGAGCCUGUAUACAUCUGCAGUAUCAAGAAAGUGAAGGAAUCAUGAUAAUUAUACUCUCAAAAUCAUAUUGUCCAAUAUUAAGGAAUGACUUACAGUUCCUUAGUGUAGCUAAAGUAUUUGUUUGUAUUCAGCAAUAUUCACCAGGUGUGUGUUACUCCAUUUUGGGACUGGUCUAGAAUAGAUUAUGAGUGGGUUUUACAAAAUAUUUUCUUGGACUGAAAAUUACAAACACCUGGAGAGCAUUUUCUUUUGUGGUUUUGUCUGCAGCAUGUUACUGCAUUGCAAAUAUACAUAGUACAGGUAUUGCCUAUAUUAAAAUAGUACAUGUAACUUA